UCCUUAUCUACUGAUGCCCAAAGCUGGACACCUUUUGCUCCGGGCCAGGCGCGAAAGGUUGGUUGGAAAGACAACUGCGCAUUUCUCUGCACGGGAAUUGCUUCCCUUAAAAGAUGGCGGUUUAUUUCCAUCGUAAACAAUCAACAAUUUGUUGUUGAGUUUUGACAUCUGAAGUAACUGAAAUUUUCCAACACUAAGCAAUAAAAUGAGUGUGAAAUACCACCCUAUACCAUCUAAUGACCCUUAUGAAAGUGAAAUCGAUUUCUCAUCUCCUUUCGACUAUGAUUUGGAGCCGACAAACAAAAAGUUUCGCUCCAUCUUCUCUUAUUCUAACCCAAAUUCUCAUAAUGCUGAUGUUCAUUUAACAUCAGCCCAAGUUUCCUUCUGGAGGCGUUUUAGCUACUGGGUAAUCAUAUUCGCAGCCUACCUUCUUCUCUUCAUCACAAUGCCAAUCUCAAUUUGGUUUGCUUUUAAAAGAGUACCUAACUAUGAAAGACUUGUUAUUUUUCGGCUUGGUUUAAUGUUGAAAACUAAAGGACCAGGUUUUGUAUUUUUCCUUCCAUGGAUUGACCGAUGCCAUUCUGUUGACAUGAGGACAAAGGCUUUUAAUGUUCCACCUCAACAGAUUCUUGUUUCUGAUGGUGCAGCAAUUGAGAUUGGUGCAAAUAUUUAUAUUCGUAUUGUCAACGUGCAGAAGUCUGUAGCUUGUGUUCAGGACCACAAUCAUUCUGUAAGACUCCUAGUACAACUGACCUUGGUGAAACUACUAGCAAAGAAAACCUUGGAAGAAAUAGAACAACAGAGAUCUCCUAUCGCAACUGUAGUACAGGAUGAAUGCAACAAGACAACACUUUGCUGGGGAGUAGAGAUUAGUCGCUGUGAACUGUCCCACAUAAAAGUCCUUGUUGCACCAUCUGAAGGUAAAGUUCCUUUACCUAAGUGUAUCCAGCCACCAGGGUAUUCACCUUCCGGUCAUCAAGGUGCCUUUGAUGGUCUACCUCUUGCUUUCCAGCAACUGGCUAAUGUAGUUAUCAAUAAAACAAACAAAACAAAUGAGAAUUCUCCAAAACAAGCACCAGUGCCCGAGACAUUUCCUACAAAAGACACGGAGAAUAAAUAUUCGGAAACAACCAAAGAUACCUUUGAUGUAAUCAUCUUCAAAUUACAGUCAGUGUUGGAUAAUGAUUUGGUGCAGUCUGUGAAUACUAUUUUCCAAUUCCAUAUUGUUGGGGAUAUUAACAAGAAGUUCUUACUGGAUCUCAAAAAUGGUGCUGGCUCUGUGACAUUUAUGGAAAACACAGAAAACCAUAAUGCUGCUGAGGUUACUAUGACUCUUGAUUACAAGGACUUUAUAUCUUUGGCACAUGGCCACCUGAAACCUUUGGAAGCAUACAAAAAUGGUUGUCUGAAAGUAUCUGGCAACAAGUUAGCUGCCCUGAGAAUUGAACCAGUUUUAGACCGAUUGCAGUCUAUUCUCUUGUAGAAUGUCUACUUAAAACAUAUUCAUCUGUGGUUGCUUCAGUUGUAGUUUUAGUUAGUGUUUUUUGUAUUGUUGUAAUCACAGAAAGAGAGAAAGAAGGAAAGUUAUGUUGAGGAGUCUUGUAGAAUUACUGGACAUGACUUGGGGAGUAGCCAGAGGUGGCUUGCAGAGUUGCUUGCGAUGACUUGCAGAGUUGCUAGAGGUGACUUGUAGAGUUGCUAGUGGUGACUUGUAGAGUUGUUGGAGGUGACUUGUAGAAUUGCUGGAGGUGACUUGCAGAGUUGCUGGAGGUGACUUGUAGAGUUGCUGGAGGUGACUUGCAGAGUUGUUGGAGGUGACUUGCAGAGUUGCUGGAGGUGACUUGCGGAGUUGCUGGAGGUGACUUGCAGAGUUGCUGGAGGUGACUUGCAGAGUUGCUGGAGGUGACUUUAGACUAUUUGGGCAACUCUUUUUUACUACUGGUUUAGCCCCUAAGCCAGUCUAGAUUGAGUUAGGCCUACAAUAAAAGGUAAUCCAGCUUUGACCAUCCUAUCUUUUAAGAGAUAUCUCUAUUAUCUAAUACGGGUAUAUAGGGAUAGCUCUAUUAUGUAAUGUGUUCUUUUAUUCCUUUAAAACAUUAGAGAUGUAAUUUGAAAUAUAUUUAGCUGCUGUUUUUAGCAGACCAAUCAACUACAUAGAGGCUCCAUAGGGAAACUAGCAGUGGCUCUCUGAAUAGCUGGAGGUGAUUUGAAAACCGGUUAGAAGUGUCUUGUAGAAUAGUUUGAGGGUACUUUCAGGAAGAAUCUGUAUUGAGAUUCUUUUACGAAAACUCAGAACAAUUCUACAAACUUGUUUGUUUGUAAUAAAAAAUUGAAAAGAAAAAAGAUAAUGAAAACUGACAAAAUGUAUAAAAAAAUAUUACUUUAUAUAUAACCAAUAAUUUAUAUACAUAACUAAUAAUUUAUAAUUGCUUUGUUGUAAAUAACUAUUUAUUAUCAUAUAUUGAUCUGUUAUGUUAUAAAUUGUAUGAAUGUGGAACUAUGUAUGUGUGUGUGUAUAUAUAUAUAUAUAUAUAUAUAUAUAUGUGUGUGUGUGUGUGUGUGUGUGUGUAUGAGUUUCAAUAACUUGCUAUUUAUAUCACAGAUGUCUAUAGAAUUUGAAGAUGUAAAUAAACUAACAAUUUCCUUGUAUUAAA